CCAAUAACAAUUUGUUCAUUCACCAAAAAUAAUAAACACAAAACUCUUACGAGCUUUCUAAAGAUGGCCGGAGAAGGAGAAGUGAUCGCUUGCCAUACCCUCGAAGUCUGGAGCGAGAAGAUCAAAGCCGCCAACGAAUCCAAGAAACUGAUUGUGAUAGACUUCACUGCUAUAUGGUGCCCACCUUGCCGCUUCAUUGCACCAGUCUUUGUAGACAUGGCCAAGAAGUUCCUCAACGUUGUCUUCUUCAAGAUCGACGUUGACGAACUGCAGUCCGUUGCUAAAGAGUUCAAAGUCGAGGCGAUGCCCACUUUUCUCUUCAUGAGAGAAGGCGAGGUCGUGGAUCGUGUUGUCGGGGCAAGGAAAGAGGAGAUCCACCAGACUUUGAUGAAGCAUGGUGGUCUUGUCUCUUCUGCUUAAAACAUUUUAGAAUCUUUGUGCUAUUUGGUGUUAUGUAAUAAUAAAAAGUGAUGUCGUUAUAAACUAGUUGGUUCUGAUCACAACGGAGAUAGAUAAUGCUGUUGUGUAAUGAACUAGUGUACUGAUGAUCUCUUUACAACAGAGACUUUAGAUAUAUCUCCACCAAGUUCUUCAAA